UAUUGAAUUAAAUAGAUUAUUUCCAAUGCUCUUUGUUCUUAUGGUUGGACUGGAUGAUAUUAUUCUUCUAAAUGAACUUCUGAAUAUUGAACCAGCAGCGUUGGUGUCAUGGUUCUAAGAGAUUGGGACGAUACUGACAUGACACACCAAGCUCACAAUAUGAUGAGCACUAUUCAACAGAAUCAUAGAGAUAUUGAACUUGGGGUUAUGGAACGCCCGAGCCCUGUCAGCAAAGGUACUGGUGCUCGGAGAAAGGACUUGAUACACAGCUCAACUGUUCCAACUCAAGUAUCUCCCCUUGCAAGUGGUGGUUUGCCUCGACAAUCAUCUCUUGUAAGACAGGGCUCAGCAGACUCUUACAACAGUCGGCCCUCAGAUUCAGACAUAUCUUUGGAGGAAGAUAAAGAAGCACUGAAGCGUGAAACCGAACGACAGGCUCUUGCUCAACUUGAAAAAGCCGAGACAAAACAAGUAGCAUUCGCUGUGCGCACAAAUAUUGCAUACAAUUGCUCAGCUGAUGAUGAUUCCCCAGUGCAAGGAAAAGCCGUUUCUUUCGACGCUAAGGAUUUUCUACACAUUAAAGAGAGAUACAACAACGAUUGGUGGAUUGGAAGAUUGGUAAAGGAGGGAUGUGGAGUGGGAUUUAUACCGUCACCUGUUAAAUUGGAACAAAUACGCAAUCAACAGACUUCGAAAUCGAAUAAAUUUUAUAUGUCAAAAUCUGGAGGGACUUCAACAUCAAGUCUUGGUGAUACAGUGAGUCAGUCUAGACGUUCCACACCUCCAUCAUCAGUUGCUGAUCUUGACACGAACGGUGCCGAAGAUGAUGAUUCAGAUUCACCUACAAUGACUUCGAGUCAACGAAGUCCAAAGACAUCAGUUUCAUCUCAGUCUGGUACAAUAGGACGAGACGGAAAAAAGAAAACCUUUUUCAAAAAGCAGGAGACAAUACCUCCAUAUGAUGUCGUUCCGUCUAUGAGGCCAGUUGUUCUGUGUGGUCCAUCAUUAAAAGGAUAUGAGGUGACUGACAUGAUGCAAAAAGCUAUUUUUGAUUUUCUGAAAAGACGCUUCGAAGGGCAAAUAUCAAUCACAAGAGUUACUGCUGAUAUAUCUCUCGCUAAAAGAUCAGUCCUGAACAACCCUAUCAAAAGAGCAGCAAUUGAGAAAUCAAACACAAGAUCAAGCAUAGCUGAAGUGCAAAGUGAAGUUGAACGUAUCUUUGAACUUGCACGAACUCUUCAACUUGUCGUUUUGGACGCUGAUACUGUCAAUCAUCCGUCACAACUGUUGAAAACAUCGCUUGCUCCGAUUAUGGUGUAUUUGAAGAUCUCAUCCCCAAAAGUUCUUCAAAGGCUCAUAAAAUCGCGAGGAAAAUCUCAGUCGAAGCAUUUGAAUGUACAAAUAGUUGCAGCGGAAAAAUUAUCACAAUGCAACCCGGAUCUUUUCGAUGUUCUUCUUGAUGAAAAUCAAUUGGAAGACGCUUGCGAACAUCUUGCGGAAUAUUUACAAGCAUACUGGCGAGCUACUCAUCCUGAGAGCAUGUUUGAUAAUCCUGCAUUAGCCAGAAGUACAAACUCGUCAUCUCAACCGUCAACACAUUUACAGGUUCACGUUUUGACAUCGCUGAAGCGUAAUUUGAGCUUUCGUUCUGGACGCCGCGGGUCAACGAAUCCUCCAUCUAGUGAUAAAGAAGAUGAAAAAUAGCAGAAUGAAAAGGACGUUAUAUAUCACACGUUUAUUCUGACAAACUAUAUGUGGCAACCCACAAAAUACAUCCUUGCUUACAGGCCCAUUGUUGGUAAUGCUUUUGUAGGCGAAUAGCAGUGCACAAUAUCACACAGUUUUGGGAUAGCUGUGUCAAGAUGCUUUAAUGUUGCUAUAGGCUAAUUUCCUUAGUAAUUUGUAUAACUAAAUUUUCAGAUAUUCAAUUUUCUUCUAUGAAAUGUAUCAUUUAUCUUAACCAACUUCAGAUAAAUUUAGUAAUAGUUGCUUAGAAACAGUGGAUGGAAUAAAUAAUAGUGGUGAUUGCGAGAAACAGAAAUACAUAUUUUUCAGUUUUUGAAUGAAUUGAAUAGCACAAAAUUUGUGCACAUUAGAGCACGUAGGUAGCGGAUUAAUUGCGAGGUUGAACUACACCCAAAAUACUAUAUGAAAGCCUUCAUACUGUAAAGUACACUGUCAUAUAUAUAUUUGAGGGCAAGGGCGCUUUUGCCUGCACAAUUGGUGAUAGAGAGCACUUGUGUUGUAUAGGAGUCUAUAUUAUGAAGAGUUUUAUCUAGAACUUUUGGCUCCUACCAAAAUUAUGUGUAAAUAUUUUUCUUUUGGUGUCAAUUGUAUUGAUAGGUUUGUUAAAAUUAAAAUUCUAUUGAUCAUCUUAAAAAUACGAAGAUAUACGACUAGUUUGGAAAAAAAGGUGAAGAUGUCUUAUAUCAAAAUUGUAUAUCAUGUGAUAGUCAUACAAUAUGGCACAUAAUUGAUGUUACGUUUUUUCUUCUUUUUUUUAUACACUGCACCUUAAUGUUCCCAUUGUCCGUUCUCAAACCAAAUCACUCAAAAAUAUACUCAUUCGGAUAAUAUUCAAUGGUUUGCGUGCAUCCUUGCUUUAAACCUCAAUUUCGUGUUAAUAGAUGAUGCCACUGAUAUGUUUUUACAUAAAAAAGCAACAUAAGGUCCCAUUAUUCAAUAUUUAUCAAAUCCACUCAAAAAUAUACUCAUUUGGAAAUAAUGGUUUGAGUGCAUCCUUGCUUUAACCCUCUCUUUUGUGUCUAUAGGCCAUGGCCACCAAUAUGUUUUUUUGAAUCGAAAAAGUAACAUCAGGUCCGUUGUCUAUUCCCGGACCAAAUCCAUUCAGAAUAUACUCAUUCGAGAAAUACUGAAUGGUUUGCAUCCUCACUUGUGUGUCGAAAGAUGAUGCGCGACCAAUAUGUUUUUCACAUCAAAAAAGUUGACAUCGGUUUUAACUAUUGAGUGUAUGCAGCAUAUACCAAAAUAUACGUGAAUUCUCAAAAAAGCACCGUGAAUGUAACAAUAUUUCCGCAGGCUUAUCUCGCAAUGAUAUGUGGUGCUCCUAUCUCUCUGCCCCUUAUUUCUUUCUAUGAAAUUUCUCUGUAGAAUUAUGUAAGAUUUAGACAUUUUAUUUAUUAUUCUAAUAGAUUGUGGUUAAUGACACAAACUUUUUGCUGGAAGAAGCGCUUACCUUAUUUGUCGUUCUUUCCUUUGUCUUCUUUAUUUACAACUGCAAGCAGUAUGGUACAAUUGCAGAGGAUAUCUCUUAUUUCAUAAUUAGCAUUUUUUGGUACAUGGUAACGGUGUUAGUACUUCAUAUUUUACAAUUUUUUUUUUUUUUUUUUUUUUCAAAAGUAGUGUACAAAUGACAUAGUUUUAACAAAAUUGGGUUAUUUGUAAAAAGGCCAUUCAAAAAUUGAUAGGAUUUGAACCCCCGACACAGCCACCCCCAGGGUAUCGAGUUGUAUUAAUCCUAAUAUGGGGGUUUCUUUGAAACAUACAGAUGAGGGGGGGUCGAUUUUGUUUAAAUACACUUUUGAUAUGACUAAAAAUCCCUAGUGAUUUAUACUAAUUUCAUUUUUUUACUAUCUAUCUGGAACCCGGAGAAUUGACAAUUCAUUAGGCUAUGCAAAGACUAUAUAGUAUUUUUUGCAGUGUGCUCUUCACACAAGGUUACGAUUAUCCUACAUUACAAUAAAUAAUUGAAACGAUUAGCAAUUUCUAUCAGAUUAUUUAUUUCACAGUCAAUGAACUGAAUACACAAAUUACUUGCCGUUACUGAAGUAUUCACUCCUAUUUUUCGUGCGAUACACUGAUACACAUUGCUUUUUCUUCUCUUCUUGCCACUUGUACUAUUUUUUCAUGAACUCUAUUGCAGUUGUGGUACAUUGUAUGUAUUUCAUUCUAUUUUUUUGUAGAAUAUAUAAACAAAACACAUUUAUGUAUAUAUAAGGAAGAGAGUAAGGUAUUCAUUUUGGUCCAUGCCCGAAAAAAGACCUGUUGUGUUAAAAAUUUUCUGGAACUAAAAAUAUUUGAUUCAGUUGUUAUUGUUCUCCCAUUAGUUCGUACCUCAUUCUGGGUAGUAGAGUAGUUGAAAAUUUAUAAUCAAAUCAGAUUACUGGUUGAAAAAAACAGUUUCAAAGUUCAAAUUUUAUUUAUAAUAAAUUGCUCUAAGAAUUUCACCACUAAUCUAUUUGGUUUGACCAGAUAGCAUACAGUACGAAAAAAUGGGCUUCUUACAAAAUGUCGAAAUUUUAAUAUACCUGUUAUGGGGAUGCGUUGUAUAGCCCACUACUCCGAUUGUGGGAGCGCUUAAAGCUAAUGUUGGCACUUAUUUUUCUGGUACCACUAUAUAUUGUAAAUCAUGUUACAUUUUUUUGUAUAACUUUACUGUUAUAAAAUUUUCUUUCUGUGAUUAUGAUUCCCCUUUUCAUUCUUAUUCAAGACUUAUCAUGUAUUUGAUUUUGUCUCAACCUAAGCAUAUGUUUGGGCCUGGCAUGGCCCAAGCUGGAUCACACCUCGAUCCUAUUGUACCAAUAAUAUAUUCUAACCAGUUCGUACGGUAGGUUUAAUUUUCUGACAGAUUUCCGUUUAUUUUAAGUUUUACAAAGAAAAGUUCUCAAAUCAUGUUGAUUAUUUAUGGGAACAUGUUAUUCUUCUGUGUGGGAGUUAGUGGCAAAUAUAUUUCUUGUGUAAUUGAUAGGCACGCUUCAUAUUGCAGUUUACAAACCAUUGCCGCUACUCGUUUCUUUUUAUCUGAGACAAAUAAAGGUUAUUGCAUGAGUCUA